GUAGUUGAAAAAUGUUUGCUAUCACUACAAAGUACCACAACCUUGCCCAAAAGAGGCCCCUUCAAAACCUCCGACGAUUUGAGUGCUGAAGUUUGCCAUGUGACGCAAGGAAAUGCCCGGUCCCCGCGUCAAAACCGAAGGCCUGAGCAGACUCUUUCGCACCACUUUCCACGGCACCGCACCACCUCCUUCCUCUACAGCCGUCAUUUCCUCUCAAAAGAAAUUGCGCAAACACUCUCCUCAGCUAAAUCAUAAUGUUUCCGCCAAUACUAUUCUCCCAGGGGAUUCAACCAAGCAAGAAUCACACAACAUAUCUUCAAUUUUGAUUGGUAUCAAAAGCAGGAAAUCAAAUGUCCGAGUUGAUUCAGAAGUGGAUAUUAAGGAUGAUGAAUUAGUGGAUGAAACUGACUUACCAUGGUUUUCUAAUUUAUUUAAUAGCAGCACACCAAUGCGCCGUAAAUCAUUAGUUCGUUUCCGGAAGAACAAAUGGAUCUUCAAGAACACCCAAAAGUUACGUUUUGAUACAUUGCUUGGUAUGUGCUUGGAUAAAGUAGGUUCAGGCUCGACUUUUCAAAUGUUAUAUAAACUAGGUAGAGGGACUGGUUUGAAAGAGUACGAAGCAUUUGUAAAAGGUUGCAUACAGACAGCAAGAAGUCUUCAAGAUGAAAAGGCUAAGUUAGAACAAAUAUUAGAGGCAUACCGUAUUCUCCAUCUGAUGAAGGAACGAGGUUUCCCAAUAGGAGAGGAUGCAUUUGGCCCUUUUCUUUUGUAUCUAAUAGAUAUGCAUAUGGAUGAACAUUUUUUCAUUCUUCUUGAGAUUAUUAAAGACGAAGAUCCUAAUUUACAUCCACGGUUAGGUUACUAUGAGAUGCUUUUUUGGAUUGAGAUGAAUAAUGAGGAAAAGAUUGAGGAGCUUUGCCAGCAUAUUACCACUAGUGAGAGCAAAACAGGAAGCUUAUUGCACGAAAAUUAUUUGCUUGCACUUUGUGAAAAAAAUAGGAAGAAGGAGGUUCUUCAGGUGCUAGAGAUCAUAGACAUAACCAGAGUAUCCUCAUUGUUUAUUGCUGGUAUUUUUCAAUCUCUAGGACGACUAUCAUUGGAAGCUUCUGCUGAGAAGUUUCUCUUGAUCUUGAAAGAGUGUGAUCACAUGGCUCAAAGUAUUUCAGAUUUGAUCUAUUCAUAUGUGUCUAGCUUCAAAAACACAGCGGUUGAGGAUAUUAUUUUGAAAUUCAAAGAGAUGCAUGAAAAGCUGGACCUUGCAAUCUUGGCUAAAUCAUACGAGAACCUGAUUGCACUUUGUCUUGAUUCCAGUAAGGUUCAUAUGGCUUUGGAUUUAGUUGAUGAGAUGUUUGAAGCAGGUUUAUGCUUAUCCACAGGAGCACUCAAUGCCAUAUGUCAUGCUUGUGAGGAGAACUGUGAGUUGGUGCUGGUUCGCCGGAUCUAUUCACUGCUCUGCAACCACAAAUUGAAGCCAAAUAGUGAGACAUUUAGAAGUAUCAUCUCCUUGAACGUUAGAAUGAAAGAUUUUGAUGGUGCAUAUGCUGUUUUGAAGGAUUUGGGAAAGAUGAAUUUAUUGCCUUCAGCUAGUAUGUACAAUGCUAUUCUGGGUGGUUAUUUUAGAGAGAAAAACAUGGGUGGUAUGCUAAAGGUUCUUGAAGAAAUGAAAGAUGCUGAUGUCAAGCCCGAUUCUCAGACGUUUGGCUAUCUGAUAAGCACCUGUACGUCUGAAGAAGAUAUUAUUAAGUAUUAUGAACAACUGAAGGAUGUUGGUGUUUAUCCUACAAAACAUAUUUUUAUGGCACUUAUAAAUGCAUAUGUUGCAUCUGGGCAAUUUUCGAAGGCCAAGGAGGUUGUCCUAGAUAAAGGGAUACCGGUGAAGAACAUAAAUGAAAUUAAAAGUGCUCUUGUCUCAUCCCUUGCGUCACACGGACAAAUAUCUGAUGCUUUAAAGAUUUUCGAGGAAAUCAAACAGAGUGGCUGCUCUUUGGAGCCAAAGGCUGUUAUAUCUCUCAUAGAACACCAGCAGUCUAGUGAAAACUUAAAUUUAUUGCUCCAGUUGCUUGAGGACUUGAAUGACGUACACUAUUGGGCUGAUGGUUGUUUCAGAAUUAUCUUAUACUGUAUUAGGAAUAAGGAAUUAAGAACUGCCAUCAGUUUGUUGAAGAAACUUGCAGAUAACUUCCGGGAUGAUAACUUGGUUUGCGAAGUUAUUUUUGAUGAGGUAUUUUCACUAAUAGCACACGAGGAGUCUCCUGAUUUGCAGAUUGGCUUGGACUUGCUUCUUGCUAUCAAGGAAGACCUGAAGUUGCAUCCUUCACGGAAAUGUCUCGAUUUUCUUCUGAGUGCCUGUGUGAGUAAGAAGGAUCUACACAAAGCUCAAUUUGUUUGGAAUGAAUAUCAGAUAAAUGGCUAUCCUUACAACAUUUUGAGUUACUUAAGGAUGUAUCAGGCAUAUCUGGCUUCAGGAGAUAUGGCAGCAGCUGUCAGUUUUCUCAACAAGGUACCAAAAGAUGAUCCCCAUGUCCGGUCUGUUAUCCACGCGUGUCGUGUGACUUAUGGAAAGCCCAAGGACCAGGAGAAGAAAAAGAAGAAGAAAAUCUAACGUAAUCAGAUCUCUUUUGGUAGAAAAGAAAACCAGUGCCGUUUUCUGACUUGUUUCUUCUCAUGGAUGUUCCAUUUCUCAAUUUGGCGUAGGUUUCUGCUUAAAUCGGGGGAGAAGGAAUAUGGCUAAUUAAUUUACCCAAAUCAUCUUGCUCGCACACACAGCCCUUGCUGAUAUAUUCUUGAUGAGAAUCCUCCAUCCUACUGAGCUGCUAAAAUUUUUGAUCCGUAAAAAUAGGCUCGGAGCAAAGCAUUAAUUAUUAUAUUUAUUAUAGAUCUUAAUUAUUAACUAUUAAAAUGUCAUUAUUCUGAUACUUUUGGAUGGGUUUGUUGCACAGGCCCUUUUUGCCCCCUUACAGAGACGGCCUUGAUUGUACUAUAAUUUUAAGAAAAUCAAUGUAGAGCCAUUGGAAUACAAUUUCAUUUA